UGUCCCCGGGUUCGAAAUUCCCACUUUGGCCUUGGAAAUUCUUUUCUUCAUACCUCCUCACGUCUCCUAAGCCAUCCACUCCCGUCAGGCCCGCUGUUUAGACAUGAGUCAAAGCAGCGAAGGAUGUAUGAAAAAGAUUAGCGGUGUGAAUCUUGACAAGCUUAUAAGUGAUUUCUCACAGAUAGAAAAGAAAAUGAUAGAAACCAGUGGAAAGAAUAAUAUACUGGAUAUGCAGUUGGAAAAAACUAACUAUUUGUUAAAAGUAACGCAAACAAAGGAGGUUUCAAUUAAAAAAGAAUGUUCUGCUCUUCAUAAUAUGAUAAAAGGGCUACAGCAGACCAUUGAACAUCAACAUAAUUUGAAAGGUGAAAAUGAACAACUAAAAAGAAAUGCUGAUUUUAUGAGAGAAAAGCUGAAGUCUCAUGAACAAGAAUAUAAGAAUAAUAUUGCCAAACUUAUGAGUGAAAUGAAAAUCAAAGAGGAGGGACAUAAAAUAGAAAUAAGGAAACUUUAUCAGGAUAUGCAGGAAAAAAUUGAGUCAAAUGAAGAAAAGCAUAAAGAACUGAUAGAGAAAAAGGAGGUGGAAAUUUCAGAGUUAAAUGCAAAGUUAAAAACUCAAGAAAAGGAAAAACAAAGUGAAAUAAUCAAAUUACAGCUCGAGUUUGAUGCCAAACUAGCAAGAGUUCAAACUAAAUCAAAAUCCUAUGCAGAUUCUACUAUUUUGCCACAGAGUAUCUACAGAAGGGUAUGUGAGAUUUUUUUCCAUAGCCAUUGUAUAAGAAAAUAAAUGUUCUGUGUGCUUCUAUAAAAGCUAUCUAGUAUUUACUAACAAUAUACUUAACAGUCUUUCUUAAAAUAUAUCACACAACCAGAAAGAUACUAGGUUUUGAGUAAUAUUUAAAAGUCACUUUCAAUUUAAAAUAGUAAAUCUUAGGGGUGCCCGGGUGGCUCAGUCAGUUAAGUGUCCAACUUCAGCUCAGGUCAUGAUCUCGUGGUUCACGAGUUUGAGCCUCUCUCUCCCCCUCUCUCCCUCUCUCUCUCAAAAAUAAAUAAAACUUUAAAAAAUUUAAAGACAUAGUAAAGCUUAGCAGUAAAUUAAAACGUUAGAGAAGUCCUCUGAUCUUUGGUCAUGUAAGGAAUUCCAUGAUCUGUUCUGAACUAAGGCUGACCUACUAUUCUGAAGUUAUUUAGGCACUUAGGUAAUAUAUUUUUUUUAUUGUUCAACUCCUACUUUAUGAUUCAUAACUUCAAGCUAUAUACAAAAAAAGAGAAUAAACUAAAACAAAUGGUGCUAAAAUGUGUUUUAAUAUCCUUAUUCCAGUUGUACCCCAUAAGCCUCAUAAAAAUAAAAUCAUAAACCUUUCAAAACAAGCUUUUUUAAUCUACUUAAACCAGAAAUGUAGUUUUUGUUGUUUUAUUGCUUCUUGUAUUUAAUCUUACUAUUUCUGAAUUGCAGUAACAAAUUUUUUGCUUCUUUAUUUAGAAGCUUCAACAUCUUCAAGAAGAAAAAAACAAGGAGAUUGCAGUUCUUCGUAAUACCAUUCGCAAUUUAGAGCAACGUCUCUCUGUUGACAAAGAUUCUCAACUUAAACCUUUUGACAAAGGAUCUUGCCCUAAGCGUAGACGGUUUUGAGUAUGACAGUAAAUUCAUUAGUUGCUACUUAAUUUCUUUAAAAGCAGCUGAAAAUGCCACUUCUGUCAUUAAUAUAACAUACUACCUAAAUAAUAACAAUGAAAAAAAGAUUGCUUUAAACAUUUUAAAUUGAGUUUAUUAAACAAAUCCACAUUUGGCCAACUGUGUGUACCACAUUCUUGCUUAAUAGUAUUAACCAUAGAGGAGUUCAGGUUUAUAGCACGUAGUUUACCUAUUGAACCAUCAUUGACUAUGGAAAUACUUUCUAAGCAAUCAAGAGACAGACAACAUUCAUUUACCUUCUCCAUUACAUCUUUCAAGACAGACUAUCUCAAA